AUGGAGCAGGAGAAACUGGGCUGUUCGAUCUGUUUGAAUCUACUGAAGGAUCCGGUGACUAUUCCCUGUGGACACAGCUACUGUAUGAACUGUAUUAGAAGCUACUGGGAUGAAGAGGAUCAGAAGGAAACUCACAGCUGUCCUCAGUGCAGACAGACGUUCAGACCGAGGCCUGACCUGGUGAGAAACACCGUGAUGGCAGAUUUAGUGGAGGAAGUGAAGAAGACCAGACCUAAAGCUGCUUCUAUUGAUCUCUGCUAUGCUGGACCUGGAGAUGUGUCCUGUGAUUUCUGCACUGGGAGGAAACUGAAAGCUGUCAAGUCCUGUCUGCAGUGUCUGGUCUCUUAUUGUGACCAACACCUCCAGCCUCACUAUCAAUCUCCUGCUUUCAAGAAACACAAACUAGUCAACCCGUCCAGGAAGCUUGAAGAGAACAUCUGCUCUCGUCAUGAUAAGAUGAUGGAGAUUUUCUGCCGCACUGAUCAGCAGUGUAUCUGUUAUCUGUGCUCCUUGGAUGAACAUAGAGGUCAUGAUACAGUUUCAGCUGCAGCAGAAAGGAACGACAAGCAACGAGAGCUGGCAGAGAAUCGAGAGAAGAUCCAGCAGAGGAUCAGAGAGAAGGAAGAAGGGAUGAAGGUGCUGCAGCAGGAGAUGGCCGAGCUGAGGAGGAGAAGCUCUGAGCUGGAGCUGCUCUCACAAACAGACGACCACAUCCAGUUUCUGCAGAACUACACCCUGCUGGGGCGUCUCAGUGAAGCUACAGACUCGGCUGUGUCGGACGCCACGGAUAAACCUCAGGACGUUCUGAGAGAAGAGUCGACCGAGAGCUCACAGAUGAACGCUGAAGUGGGGGUUUUGCUGUCACAAGCAGAUCGAAAGAUCAGAGAUAAACUCUUAAAAUAUUCCUGUCAAACCACACUGGAUCCAAAUACGGCACAUUACUGCAUCAAGGUAGAGGAUAGAUUCAGAGCUACGUUUAAUUUUACUACUAAACCCUUAGGUAGAGAUCAUCCAGACAGAUUCACUGACUGGUAUCAGGUGUUGUGUAGAGAGAGUACGGCUGACAGUUGUUACUGGGAGGUGGAGUGGGAGGGAAGUAGUGUUUUUAUAGCUGUCUCAUCAAAAAGUAUCAGCAGAGCAGGAGCAGAAAGUGCAUUUGGAAGCAAUGACAAGUCCUGGUCUUUACAGUGUUUCUCUGAUGGUUAUGAAUUCAGACACAACAACUCCAGAACUCCUGUCUCAGGUCCUCCGUCCUCCAGAAUCGGAGUUUGUCUGGAUCAGAGUGUAGUUGGAAACGGUUACGGUGGAACUUACAAGAAGAGGACUCUGUCCUUCUACAGCAUCACUGACGCCAUGACUUUACUCCACAAAGUUAAUAUAUGUUAUGAUUGGCAGGUCUGUCUUGGGUUUGGUUUAUAUGACGGUUCUUCUGCUGAAAUCUGCAAACUUUCAAACACAUAAAGACAAAAGUCAUGGAAGUUAUCUGGAGGGUGUUUCUUGUUUUAAAUCUGAGUCUUCACCCAACAACAAUAAUUAACAUUUGUCUCUUUUUUCCUGUCAGUCAGGAUUGUAUCUUAAAGUUGAUGUUUAUAAGAAAUAACAGCAGGACAUGAUUUUUUUUUAAAAAAAAACACAACAUGUUAAAUUGAACUUCUUUGAUUAUGUGACAGAUUAUUACUGGAUGUUUGGAUUGUUCUCUAACUGCUUUGAUCAAAUAUAAUCUAUUGUCUGUUGUAACAGUUUUGGUUUGAUUAUUGAUUUGUUUAUUGAUCUGUACAGCUGGUUUAUGUGUAUACUGUGAUGUUAGCGACAAUCUACUAACGAUAGAGUUUGUUUUAAAAGUGUAGUGUUCCAGAAAUGUCAUUCAGUCUCCUUGGAACAUGUAGAAAACAUAUUUUUCCACUGCUUUAAAUUAAUCAGUUUUAUAUUAUAAAGUAGCCUCUGUUCUUUUUCUGCCUUUGUAGUCAAUCAGUUCAGAUUAUUCAUGAAUUAAAUGGAAAAAAAAUGUGUGUGAACUUGUUUCAAAGCAUUCUGUUUUUGGUUCA